GGGAUAUUUCUAUAAAAACCCCAAGUGGUGGUUUCCAUUGUCAACUGCCUGUUCAGUUGCAGUUAGUUAUUUCAAGUAUUAUCUUUGUUUUCAGAACAAAGAAAACUACAUAGAAGAUCAUGACAAGUCCUGCCUGGGGUUAUGAUGGUGAAUAUGGUCCUGAACAUUGGAGCAAGGUGUACCCCAUUGCAAAUGGAAACAACCAGUCUCCUAUAGACAUUAAAACCAGUGAAACCAAACAUGACACCUCUCUCAAACCUAUCAGCGUCUCCUACAAUCCAGCCACAGCCAAAGAAAUCAUCAACGUGGGACAUUCCUUCCAUGUCAACUUUGAGGACAAUGAUAACCGAUCAGUGCUGAAAGAUGGUCCUCUGUCUGAAAGCUAUAGGCUCCUUCAAUUCCAUUUUCACUGGGGCAAGACAGAUGACUAUGGUUCUGAGCACUUAGUGGAUGGAGCCAAAUAUUCUGCAGAGCUUCACAUAGUUCACUGGAAUUCUGCGAAAUACUCCAGCGCUGCUGAAGCUGCCUCACAUGCUGAUGGUUUAGCCAUUAUUGGCGUUUUGGUGAAGGUUGGUCAGGCCAACCCAAAUCUUCAGAAAGUACUUGAUGCCCUAAAAGGAAUUAAAUAUAAGGGCAAAAAAGCCCCAUUCACAAAUUUUGACCCCUCUGUUCUCCUUCCUUCAUCCCUGGAUUACUGGACCUACUUUGGCUCUCUGACUCAUCCCCCUCUUCAUGAGAGUGUGAACUGGAUCAUUCUUAAGGAGAACAUCAGUAUCAGCUCAGAUCAGCUUGCACAGUUCCGCAGUCUUCUAUCAAAUGCUGAAGGUGAUAAGGACGUUCCCAUUAAGCACAACAACCGGCCACCCCAGCCUCUGAAGGGCAGAAUAGUGAAAGCUUCCUUCUGAUGGGCACAGAAAGAAAUGUAUCCUCCCCUGAGGAACACAAAUCUGCUUCUGACAUAAUCCAAUAAAAUAAGUUUUAAGUAACAAAUUUAUUUCAAUACUAGCAAGACAGCAUACCUGCAAAUGUAAUCUGUAGAACUAAAAAACUUUAACUUUUGUUCUUAACGCUUAACUCAAAUAGUAAUCUGUAAGUGUACAAAACGUGCUUAAAUUCAAAUUUAUUUUGUGGAAUUCUUUAUAAUUGCAAUUAAGUGGUAAUUAAUUUCUUAGAGCUAUGUAUCUCUUCCCAUGUUAUUCAGUUUAAUGGAACCAAUAAAAUAGUCGUAUCCCUUUCA